CCUGCCCAUUGCUAUUGAAAGACUGGAGGUGUAGCCUUUAUAACCAGAACUAUUCAAGUUGAUGUUAACACAUCUUCCUGUAAGACCACAGUCAAGAGACAUCAGCAGAAAUGAAAGCCCUUGUAAUCUUAAGCCUUUUGGGAUGUGCACUUGCACAAGACAGAAUUUUUUCAUGGAAUGGUCCGGGAGAACCCAGUGAUGUUGACCCCAAUGAGAAUGUGUGUCUGACUGAUGUGGCAUCCUGUGGAUGCUGCCUGAUGCAGAAGCAGAUGUGGAAGAUGGAGAUGUUUUUCAACAUGAGCUUAAAUGAGCUAGAAAGGGGACUGGAGAGAGCCCAUGCAGUGUUAAACAAUAUCCGUGCCAGUCGGAGUGCCUUCUCUGUGGCUCUUACUGACACACGCCUAUGUGUCGGCCCAAAUCGAGAAGACACUGUUGUGAAGUAUGGCAGUGUAUUUAUUAACUUGGGAGAUGGCUACAGCACUAACACUGGUGUCUUUGUAGCACCACGUUCUGGUGUCUACAGCCUGGCACUAACUGUUUAUAGUGAUGCUGGUGCUGCUGGAGCCGCAUUAGCUGCUUGUGCUCGACUCCGGCUGAAUGGGCGCACACUUGCAUCACCGAGUGAGAAGAACAAUCAAGACCAGGAGGACAGUGUUAGCGCUCUGCUGGCAGUGCAGCUGCGUGCAGGGGACAGGGUGGAUGUUGCUCUUCCAGCCGGUUGCGUUCUGUGUGAUGACAACAACCACUACAACACUUUCACCGGGUUCCUGCUCUAUGCAACUGAUUAAUAUAGAGAGAACUAAUGCUGUUUUCAAUAUUACAUACUACACAGUUUAUACUGAAUGUUACAUUAAAAAAAAAUUUGUAUAAAAUACAAUACUAAGUUUGCAACAACUACUUAAAGUUGAUCUUGUUGUAUGCUACUUUGUGAUUUCAAUAGUGCAAGAAUGGUAUAUUGUGACUUCAAACACAUUAACAAAUUCUAUGUUUCUCUCUCUGUAGCACCCUGUACUGUAUGUUUACAAAUAAUAAAACAAGACUUCUUUCAAACUA